GUUGAAAAACCGCUCCUUCAGUGCAGUUUGUCUUUUUUGUGGGCGCAUUCCUUUUUAACUGCUUUCCUUAGCGGCUUAGCCUUACUGGAUGACUAGAUCUUUUGUAAACUGUAAUUUUGUUUGUUUUCAUGUUUUGAAUCGCUGUGUGUAAGUAUCUCUUUCGAAACCACUCCAUCUCAGGCCGUUCCAUAUGGUUGCAUUUUAUCUUUGAAUUUGAAAGCCAUCAAAGGCGGUUCGAAUAAGUGCACACAUGCUUUGUGAUAGAUUUCCGAUGAAUAAGGCUGCUCCUCUUGUCUGCUAGUAAAGCGAUGAACAACGCCAUGCCUACGAUCCAAGCAACUUUCAAUUCCAAACCUACAACUUCACGUGCGCGCCUUCCGGAAUCUGCUGAAGUGGAUUCUCCUCCGUUCGUUGGCCGAUUUUUGAGCAUUCAGCCAGGAGAAGAGCUCAUCUUCGAAAAUAAAGGCCAGGAUCGCGACAGCACGGAUUUUAUCAACCUGACCAAUGUGACCGAUGGCAUUGUGGCGUUUAAAGUGAAAACCACCGCUCCUGAGAAGUUCAAAGUGAAGCCCAGUUAUGGAUGCAUUGAGCCUGGACAGUCGAAACCUGUUGAAAUCGCUAUUCCCCCAGCUUUUCUGAAGACUGCGCAGAAAGAAAAGUUUCUUGUGAUGAGCACGCCCAUUCCUUACGUCAAGGACUCCAAUGAUCUGCUGGAUUAUUGGCAUGAAAUGCAGCAGCGGGAUGGCUCUCCGGAGGAACUCGACAGUCACCGCGUGCGCUGCUCCGUGGUCUCGAAGUCUGACCAGUCUGAAGGAGAGUACAGGAUCUCUACCGACGCCACUUCCAGCAUCCCACCCAUUGUCUUGGAAAAGCUGGAAAUCAUUAAUGCCAAAGUGGACCGUCUGAUUGCUCUCCAACAGUUCGACAAGGAGGUGCCAUUGUUGAAGAAGCAGUGGAAUCUGAUUGCUGCCGGGAUAUUCUUUGUGAUUGUCUACGUUGGUGUAUAUUUCUUCCGCAGUUUUCUGUGAAGCCAGUGCAUUUUUUGCCUACCUGAAUUACCUCUCCUGGACCGAUGCUGGUUGAUACGAACCAUCUUUUUUUGUUACAAGCAGUCAAGCACAUGGUUGAUGAAACCUUUUUCCCUUGAAAAUUCAGACAAUCCUUGUAUUUCUUUCGGAUUAUGAGAUCUGGACCUUUUUGUUUUGACUUUGGCAUGCUAGUCGCUAUGGUGUUGUUAUUGAUUGCGCCGAUUCUGUACAAUUUGCCCCCAUUGGCAUGACACAGUCACCUUGACACAGUCAAGCAUUGUUAUUUUUAUUUUAUCGACUGCCAUCCGCAUUUGAUUACAGUAGUGUUCCGGUAUGUAAUAAAAUUAAAUCUAAUGAAGCUGA